ACCAGCAAGCCAUUGAAAUCAGCCUCGCAAAGCUCAAAAUCCAAUUACCUGAUCUUCUACAACUUCAUCUCGGCGGCACUAUGGUCUGGAGUACUGGCGCAAGUCAUUCAGUUGAAUGCGACGCAGGGUCAUGAGAAGGUCUAUGCAGGCGCGGGAGAAUAUACGAAAUGGGUGCAAACACUGGCGGGCUUGGAAGUGGUACAUGCGGCUCUGGGCAUCGUCCGCGCACCUCUCCUCACCACCGUCAUGCAAGUCGCCUCGCGCUUCCUCCUCGUAUGGGGUGUUGUCGACCUCUUCCCUGCCGCUACCGGACCAAACCCAGCAUACUCGACCAUGCUGCUAGCCUGGAGUGUCACCGAGGUUAUCCGAUACAGCUACUUCGCCAUUAACUUAUCCUUUGGAAAGGUACCGAGCUGGAUGACCUGGUUGCGGUACAACACGUUCUUCGUGCUGUACCCGCUUGGCAUUAGCAGCGAGUGCUGGCUUGUGUGGCAGGCGACGGAGCCAGCGGAGAAGACGAACCCGCUGAUCAAGUACGCGUAUCUGGCGAUUUUGGCGGUCUACGUUCCAGGAUCGUACAUUCUCUUCACGCACAUGAUGGCACAGAGGCGAAAAGUGAUGAAGGCCUUACGU